AUGACUUCGUUACAGUCCUCCACGUUUUAUGACCAUCAACAAUCGCACAGUAAUCAACCACAGCAACAGCUGCAGCAACAGCAGCAGCAUCAACAGCAGUCACAAGCACCACCGCCACCACCACUUCAAGUGAACUCUACGGGAGAUGUACCGCCACAUGUACGAGCUCCAUACUAUCCGUCCUUAGACGGCGGUGAGUCCCCAACUUCAAGUACAGCGUCGUCAUACUUUGACAAUGUAGAUUACCAAAAUGCUCCCCCUCCCCACCAAACUCAAUCUCCCCAAUUCCACCACCAACACCUUCCCUCCACAACGCAAAAUGGCGCCAACUCGAUACCCGAUAAUACCAUAAUGCAAGAUGCCAACAGUAUACACAACUCCGAAGGAGUACCAACUGUAGACGAUCCCAAUUCCGUUUCCGCCACAGACUCUGCAGACGUCACCACAGCAUCUGAACAGCCCUUCUACGUCAAUGCCAAACAAUACCAUCGUAUAUUGAAACGACGCAUAGCACGCGCCAAAUUGGAGGAGAAUUUGAAAAUUGCCCGUAUUCGCAAGCCGUACUUGCAUGAAUCGAGACACAAGCACGCAAUGCGAAGACCGAGGGGACAAGGAGGACGGUUCUUGACCGCUAGUGAGAUUGCCGAGUUGGAGAGGAAGAAGAAACAGGCGGAGAUGGCGGAGGCUAAUUCGCGAGAACAGCAAGAUAAUGGACAAAGUCAAGAUGGGCAGGGUGGAAAGAACGUUAAUGGUGGAUCUACUGGCGCAAAUGAAGGAAAUGUCGAAGCUGCUGGCGAUGGAGCUAAUGGAAGAUCUGGACUUGGUUCUAAUUUGGAUGGAGUUGUGGCAAACAACAACAACAACAACAACAACAACAACAACAGUGGUAUCAAAACUGAAGUUGAUGGUGGUGAAAGUCACCCGCAUCAGAAUGGGAAUUCUAUACCACUGAAUUACGCGGAGAAUGGGCAACUGGUUCAAAAUGAUGGUAACAAUGUUGCAUAUCAACUAUCGGAAAACGCAUCGACGGAGAUAAAUCAAGAGGAAUCAAACUUGAGCUGA